GAAGAUAUUAAGCGUGUAGCUUAUAACCCUAAUUCCGUUAUUAUAUAUAAUAACUUUAACUUUAUAAACCGUGUUAGGGACCUUACUAGUAAUAAGCAGGAUUAUUUCAUUAGCCUAAUAACCUCGCUAUUAGUAAACUGCCCGAGCUUAAACGGACCGAUUAUACAGUGCUAA